CUGUAUUAAAAAGAAUGUCAACUAGACGAAGAACACAAAGCGAACGGUUAGCAACGAGAUCGAGAAGAAGCAGAAGAACGGAAGGUGACUUUUACUCUGCACCAUCAAGAUAUUUAGGAGGUGAGCCUGAAUUUGCAUACGAGAACAACGAACUUCCGAGCGUAGAAGAAGAAAGAGCAUUGGAAGAAGAGGCGAGAGAAGCGGAAGAAGCAGUAGAACAAGCCGUGGAAGAGGAAGAAAGACGAGAGGAACAAGAGGAAGAGGCGGAAGAAGAAGAAGAGGGAGGAGAAGAAGCCUCCGCAAAUGAAGAGGGAAGAGAUGAGAACGAAAACGAAGAAAGAGAAGCAAUAGAAGCACAACGAGAAGCUGGAAUGAAUAGGCCUUUGACAGAAAGAGAGCUUGAGCGCUUAGCUCGAUCCGCGGAUCCUUCAGUAGGUUCACGAAGGAAAAGCAGAUUCGCUACUCCUGCUGAGGAAUAUGCUCCAUCUUUUCGCAGAGUCACUACACCUGGAGAAGAAUUGACUAGAUUGUCCCGUCAAAGAAGCUUAACACCAGCAGAAGAAUAUGCGAUGGCGGAAGAAGAAGAAGAAGCUGCGCGUCCACCGAGUCGAGAAGCAACUAUGAUGAGGUCUCGUCGCCUUUCAACUCGGCAAAGUCGAACUCGCCCAACUCCUGCAGAAGAGUAUAUUAUGGAAGAAGAAGCUGCACGUCCACCGAGUCGAGAAGCAACUAUGAUGAGGUCUCGUCGCCUUUCAACUCGGCAAAGUCGAACUCGCCCAACUCCUGCAGAAGAGUACAUCAUGGAAGAAGAAGCUGAACGUCCACCGAGUCGUGAAGCAACUAUGAUGAGGUCUCGUCGUUCUUCAAGUAAGCAGAGUCGAAUGCUACCAACUCCUGCAGAAGAGUACAUCAUGGAAGAAGAAGCUGAACGUCCACCGAGUCGUGAAGCAACUAUGAUGAGGUCUCGUCGUCUUUCAAAUCGGCAAAGUCGCACAUCUCCAACUCCCGCAGAAGUUUACGCCAUGGAAGAAGAAGCCGCACGUCCUUUAAGUAUCGAAGCUCGGUCUCGAGAACCAAUCGCUAGCCCCGAACGAUUUCGUGAAUGGCUUCAAGAAAACGUUUCCUGUGCAAGACCUCAACAAUCAAUUCGUGAAGAAAGAGUGUGUGUCCGCAGUCCCAUCACCAACUACCCUAUUCUAGUAGAUGGACCUUCUUGGAAGAAACUUUCCAUGGAUGCUUCGAAGAAGAAUGAGAGAACGAGAAUGCAUCAAAAAUCCAUUGACCAAUUACCCAAUUGUAGUUGGAGGGCCUACUUAUCAGAAAUUAGUAGCAGAAGGAAGACUUCCAGGAACGGAAAGAAGAGUCGAGGAGCCUAAGAAAUUCAUGUGCAAGGCUUGAGAAAUUCGAAAAA